ACUGUUGUCCUUAUUUUGAUAUUAUAGCAUCUUUGUAGGAAGAAAAAAACGAAUGACAGAAGUAUGACGUCCUCGGUGAACGACGAGUAGUCAUGACGACACGCAGGCAGACGUCAUGUUACCGACAAAGUCGGAUGUAGGAGAUUUUAUAGAUACCGCCGCAUCUUGUGUGGUCUAGCUGACAGUCAGGGGGGAAAAAGAGUCCAUACGAUGUUGUUAAAUUUGAGACACCACUCACACUGAAAGGUCUUGGUCAGUUGAAAAGAAGCCUGACCCUCUCCAAGAGAGGCCUGUGCAUGUCUCCGCUCUUCAUCCUCCUCCUCCUCCUCUUCGCCGAGGCGUGGAGCUACGAGGCUCCCAAAGACAAGCAGGAUGUGUUUGCAAAAAAAGCCUGUCCAGCAUUCCUGAUCUUCUUCAACACCGCCUACCAGGCAGGAGCAACGGUGGAGCUGCCUUGCCACUGCAAACCGGAAGUGGUCCAAUCGGUGGUUUGGUUCUUCAGGAAGCACCAGUCUGACUCAGAAGAGACCAGAGCCCUGUCCGAUUACAAUGGGAACAAGCUGCUGGAGUCCAAUCAAAUUACCCACAGCGGUGACCUGCGGAGUCGCUUCACAAUUCGUCUCUUCAGCCUGCUGAUCUUUCGAACGGCUGUUGACGACUCGGGUAUCUAUAUCUGCGGGUCAGCCAAGGGAGACUACUUUUAUGCCUACGAUCUCGACAUCCAAGAGGUGCAGGAGCUCAGCUUCACGUCAAGGCUGACUUCUGAAAGUAUGAGCAACCCAAUAAAAGACAUAAGAGGACCAAGGUCUGGUCAGCCGCUCUACCAAGUUUUCACGGCUUUCCGUCCAUGGUCACGUUGCGAUCGCUGUGGCAUGCAGGGUGAGCAGGUCCGAGUGGGGCUCUGCUACGUCCGUUCCCGGUUCCUGCACGUCCGUUACACGCGGCUCAAUCGGACUGUGGUGUCCUGCGGCUCAGGGGCGGUGCCUCAGGCAUUCAGCCACCUGAAGGGAAACAGAGCUGGAGCCAGACUGGAGGUCAGAGGCUGCAAUGUGACUUGUCCAACGGAAGCGCCUCCCACUUCCAAAUCGGAUAAAAUGACUGUUACGGGUAACAGUUCUGAUUCCAUGACGAAGCAGGUGAUGCAGGUUUCUUACCUAAACCACCCAGCAGACCAUAUCCUGACCCUCGGCUGCCCGGAGGCCCGGCCAUACAUGGCCGUGGCGUGGGACAGAGGAUCCAAACCCAUUUAUCGUUCACAAAGUUUGGUAGAUGGGAAUGCAGGCGUCAUGUCUCGGAGGAUUCAUAUUGAUGCUGGACAUCAUCUGGUCUUCACCCCUGCUCAACGUGAGGAUUCAGGUGUCUACUACUGCUGGCUGAGGGGACGCCGAGUGGCUGAGAUAAACCUGCUGGUCUACCCCCAUUUUAAACGGGGCAUGUCGGUCACAUCAAAUCCAGACUUGCCCUUGGCUUUGCAGAUAGUUUUAAAAUCGUAUGCCGCCAUGACGGCGGUGUUUUGCCUCCUGAUCUUGCUUCGAGUCUGCAUUAGACACCUGCGGAGUGGCACAUUGAGGUGAAACUUGGUUGUUUAUAUUUUAUUUGUACAGAAUAAAAUCAAGUUUCGAAAGACAUUCCUGAAAGAGAAAGUAAUAUCUCAUUCCCUCCAAAGACCACAGUAAGCACACGAAACAUAAACAUACAAAAAAAUAAUCUCAAAGAAUGGAUCUUUGUUAAACUACCUCUGCCAGUGACAUACAAUGGUAGUCUUCCAGUCUGUGCUGUCCUUUCGAUGAUCUCAUUCCUGAUUCUGCCCAUCCUCAUCACUCACAGAGAAUCUCGGCAUUUUCAGCUCUACCACCACGAGCUCUCAUCCCUUCAUUGCAACAUCUCCAAACUAUAUGGCUGAUCCCCGUAGUGUCCUAUAAACCUUUCCUUUCUUCUCCCUUAACUCUCUUUUUCACCUCUCCUCCACACUCAACUUUGCUCUGAACAGUUCAUCCCAAGUGCUUAAACUCCUGUUCCGUCUCCACCUCGACUCCUUUUAACCUUUCAUUGCACUCGCUUUUAUUCGCACGUGUACUCAGUCUUGCUGUAACUAACCUUCGUUCCUCGUCUCUCCAGUGCAUAUUCCACCUGCUCCCUCUUCUCACUGCAGAUUACGGUGUCAUCUGCAAGCAUCAGUACAGAAGAUGCCUUUCUGACCCAACCUGUCACUGUCAACCUGUCUGUCACCAUAUCAAACAAGAAGGGGCUCAGGUUUGAUCCUUGAUGUCGUCUUUCUUCACCUUCAAGUGUUCUGCCACUCCAGCGGUCCACUUUCCCACUGUCUUUCUUCUCAUAUGUGACCUGAACUCUUUUAACAUCCAUUUUGUAAUCCGCUUAUCCUCAUGAGGGUCGUGGGCGUGCUGGAGCCUAUCC